AUGGCCACCAUCCCGCAGCCGCCUGGCAUCCCCCUGCUGGGCAACCUGUUCACAAUCACCCCGAGCAACACGUGGGCUUGCCUGAAGAAGCUGGCGGAACAGUACGGCGAGAUCUUCCAGAUCACGGUCCUGGGCCGCACCGUUGUCUUUGUCGCCAGCGUAGCCCUGGCCGAGGAGCUGUGCGACCAGGCGCGGUUCCGCAAGUUUGUCGGCGGGCCCGUCGUCGAGAUCCGGGCCGCCGUGCACGACGCGCUCUUCACGGCCUUUGACCACGAGCCGAGCUGGGGGGUGGCCCAUCGCAUCAUGGCCCCGCACCUGUCGGCCGCCGCCGUGAGGCAGCGAGGCUUCCUCGAGAUGCGCGACCUGGCCAACGAGCUCGUGGCAAAGUGGGAGAGGCUCGGCCCUCGCGCCGCCGUGUCCCCGCUGGCCGAGCUCCAGCGGCUCGAUCUCGAGACGACCACCUUUACGCUGCUGGGCGCGCGGCUGCACUGCCUGGACGGGCCGCCGCACCCCAUGCUCCAGGCCAUGGAGGACGCCACCUCGGAGGCCAUGCUGCGGCCCACCCGGCCCGGGUGCCUCAACCUGCUGCGCCGGGGCAGGUUCAAGCGCGCCAUCCGCACCAUGCGCGAGUACGCCGACCGGGUCGUGCGGCACCGGAGGGACAACCCGACGGGCCGCGACGACCUGCUCGCGGCCAUGCUGGACGCCCGCGACCCCGAGACGGGCGAGAAGCUGACGGACUCGCAAGUUGUCGACGAGAUUGUGUCCAUGCCCAUCGGGAGCAGCACGGCCCCCUGCCUGCUGGCCACCGCCAUCUUCCUGCUGCUCAGGAACCCCGAGGCCGUCGCCCGGGCCCGGCAGGAGCUGGACGCCGUCGCCCCCGGCGGCCGCGAGCUGGCCGCCGACGACCUCGACCGCCUGCACUACGUCCACGCCGUCGUCCGCGAGUCGCUCCGCCUGUCGUUCGCCGCCCCCGGCUUCAACAUCGAGCCCGUCCCCAGCGCGAGCAGAGCCCCCGUCCAGCUCGCCGGCGGCAAGUACCAGGUGGCCCACGACCAAGCCAUCAUCGUCGUCAUGGCCGGCGUGAACCGCGACCCGGCCGUCUUCGACGACCCGCUGGCCUUUCGGCCCGAGCGCAUGCUGCCCGACCAGCUGGCCGCGCUUCCCGACGGGGCCAAGAAGUGGUUCGGCAACGGGAAGCGCGAGUGCAUCGGGAAGCACCACGCCUGGCAGUGGAGCGUGCUGGUCCUGGCCACGCUGCUGGCAAAAGUCGACUUUGCCAUGGCCGAUGCCGAGUACGAGCUGGAGCAGGACGGCUGGUUCAACUACCGGCCGGUUGGCUUCAUGGCCAACGUGACGGUGAGAUAG